AUAAAUAAAUAUAAUAAUCAUAAUAAAACGGUAAAUAAUAAAAACUUAAGAAAGCACAUAUAGUUGGUGGGUAGACAAAUUAUUUUUUUCAGCUUAAAAUGAACAAAGCAUUAUUAGAGCCCUGUAGACAUGACAAAACACGACUAUAGUCACAUUUAUACUCUUUUUAUUUACAACAUAUUGCGCAACUGCAGGGUCUUGAGACACAUGCUAACUCGCAAACUAGAGAGCUAGCGACCUAAACGGUAGCCUUCAACUUAUUUCCUUUAAACUUAAAUAGCCAAAAACUUACCACUUCCACACGGAUAGGGAGGAUAACUAUUAACAGUUAUUUAACCUUUAACAUGAGCAUUAAUCAAACGUAAUAAUUUUUUUCUGGGUACAUGAUACCAUACAGCAUCCAUACCAAACUUGCGCGGGCCGCACUAGCAUUAAACUUUCAUAUCAAGGCGGGGGCCUCAAAUUAGUGUCCUGCGGGCCACAUUUGGCCCACGGGCCGCAUGUUUGAGACCCCUGCUUUAGACCAUUCAUUCAUUCAUUAAUUUUCUACCGCUUAUCCUCACGAGGGUCGCGGGGGCCCCCAGGUAAAUUGAGUUUGAGACCCCUGCUUUCGCCUAAAUCGUCAAUUCAACAGUACAGUUGUACAGUCCCACAUAAUGUACACUUAGUGAGUCUUAGCUUAUUAUUCUGUUUAUUUACAACUACCAGUGUUAUGAAUCGACAACAUUUUUUUAUGACACGUACCUGAUUUUGUUUUGGGUUGAACUUAAAAAAUAAUUAUUCUGAUGAUUAGAGUAAUUAAUGGCUGAUCUGUGCCGAAAACAGGCCAAACCCAAGCAGGGCGUACUACGGAAGUGGUGUAGCUCAGCAGUCCUCUAUAACUGUAUCGUCCUUGCCCAGAACCAACUCGAAGCUCACAUUCAUUCAGAAUUUCAUUCGUUCAGUCGCGGAAUCCAACGUCACUGCGUGUCAACGUAGCUUUACACAGCGAUACUCGCCAAUCAAAAAUGGCAAGCUAAACGCAUUUAAUUUGGCUUCUCAAAAAUAUGAAGCUGUGCUUGCUGUGCGUGGAGCAAGAAGGGACAUCUUCGGUGGUGCAGCGGACCAAGAGGCUCUCUUGACUUGAGUCUCUUCAAAGCAUGAUGUGGAGAGCUUGGCCAUUCCUGCCUGCUCUGAUGCUUCUGUCAGAACUCUCCGUCGUGACAGUUGAGACGGCGCCGUGCCAGACCUGCCAGAAACUCGCUGACAGUUUUGUGAAGGGCUUGGAGAGAACGGCUAACAAGAACUUUGGGGGAGGUAACACCGCGUGGGAGGAAGAGAAGUUGGCAAAGUAUGCACGCAGCGAGACUCGUCUCCUUGAGAUAGUGGAGAGCGCAUGUGAGAAAACAGACUUUGAAUGCAACCAACUGCUGGAGCAGAUAGAGGACCAGGUGGAGACAUGGUGGUUCCACAGGCAGCAAGAGUCUCCAGACCUUUGGGAGUGGCUGUGCAUAGAGGAGCUGAGACUCUGCUGUCCACCCGGACACUUUGGACCUGACUGCAAAGAGUGUCCAUUAGGCCCCGGUGGUGUGUGUGGAGGUUUGGGCCGCUGUGAAGGCGAGGGGACCCGCAUCGGAGAUGGAGAAUGUGUCUGCAAUCCUGGAUAUUCCGGCCCCCUGUGCCAGAACUGCGCUGACGGCUACUACAGAGAGAAAAGCGUUAAUGGCAGCACUGGAGCCUGUGCAGCUUGCUUCCACUCGUGUAAGAAAUGCGCCGGGCCGCAGGACUACAAAUGUCUUGACUGCAAACCUGGUUGGAUGCUUCACGACAACAAGUGCGUGGACAUUGACGAGUGUGGUACGGAGCUGUCUCGUUGUCCUUCUAACACAUACUGUCACAAUACGGACGGAUCCCAUGAGUGCAGAGGAUGUGACCAGGCAUGUGUGGGCUGCAUGGGUAGCGGUCCUGCCCGCUGUAAGAAAUGUGCACGCGGCUACAAAUUGAAAGGAGCCAAGUGUCUCGAUGUAGAUGAAUGCAGCGAACGUGCAAUAGCAUGCCCAGGUCUCAACGAGGCCUGCAUCAAUGAGGUAGGCUCCUUCCACUGUGACUGUGCUGACGGCUUCAUCCGAAGAGACAGCAUCUGUGUUGAGAAUAAACCUCCCGCCGGUCCGGAGAAGGGACUCUUUGACGACAUGACCGACGACGAGGUUCUUGUUCUGCAACAGAUGUUCUUCGGCGUCGUGAUCUGCGCACUGGCGACACUGGCUGCAAAAGGCGACAUGGUUUUCACCGCCAUUUUUAUCGGCGGCGUCGCCGCUAUGGCAGGCUACUGGCUGACUGAGAAGGGGGACUACAUGUUAGACGGAUUCCUGAAGGGGAGGUAGGCCGUUUGGAGGUUUGGGUCCCGAGUCUGGAGUUGCUGCAUGUAAGUGUGAACCAAUGCCGGAUGAUACGAGUCCUAGUGGGAUUCAAGUGUGUUGGGAUGUCACUGGAAAGGUUUUUAGAACAUUUCUAUUCACCGGAUGGAUAACUGACGAAUGAAGCUACAUUGCACUGACUUUUAAAGGAACAUACAACAAAAUUCAGUACCUCAACAUUUGUUGGGCGCAAGGGCGAAGACCACUACAGAUUGUUCACAUAAUCUACUAUAUAACCGAUCCUUUUUUUUUUUUCCCCCCUCCUCCGUCCACACUACCAUGCCUAUUGUUCUAUGCUGUGAAUGCUUGUAUUGUAUGGCGUAUGUUUGACCUCAAAAAUUACCUUAUUACCUCAUUACGUUAUUUUUAGUAACGAUGCAUGACACUGAAAUGAAAGAAAGUACAUAUUUAUUUUCUUGGGCAUGGAUGACAUAUAGAAUGACGCCACGAGGUAAACACUAGCUCAGGGGUGGGCAAACUACGGCCCGGGGGCCACAUCCGGCCCGCCAAGUGUUUGAAUACGGCCCGCCCAAUCUUUCAAAAGUAUAUAAUUUAAACUCAACAUACAACCUGGCAUCAUGGCCUGAGCCAACCUUUUGAUGGUUGUAUCAAUUUCGUUGUUUGACAUGGUCUGUUGUUUACAAAGUGCUCCUGAAAAAAGAGACACAAGCACAUAAUAAUAAUAAAAAUUAAAAUAAUAAUUAUAUUAUUAUUAUUAUUAUAACUAUUAUGAUUAUUAUAUUUAUUAUAUUAAUGCUAAUUAUUAUAUUUAUUAUAUAUAAUAAUAUUGUUAUAUUUGCAUAUUUUACAUAAUAAUAUAAUUAUUAUUUGAAUUUUAUUGUAAUUAUUAUAAUAUUUUAUUAUUUUUAAAAUAUUUAAAUAUAAAUAUAAAAUAAUAAAUAAUAAUAGCAGAUUGCAUGACAAUUUUACAGACACAAUAAUACCAGGUGGACUGUUACGUGUAAAAUAUAUAGUCUCCCCCCCCGGAAAUUUUGUUAUAUCAAUGCGGCCCGCGAGUCAAAAAGUUUGCCCACCCCUGCACUAGCUCCUAUUAUGAUGAUGCAAUUAAAUUAUUUGUAAAGCGACACUUAUUUUUCUUUUCUGUCCACAUAUCUGUUUACUGUGUAUACUGUUGUUAUAAUUAUUUAUUAUAGUCAUUUCAUGGCAUACUGUAGCAUCAGUGAAAAAAAAAUGUCACCUGUUUGUCUGACUUUUCACUACGAUUUUUAUUUGUACUCUAUUGUCGGCCAUCCUUUUAUCAUUACAUAAAAGAAGACAGUGUGGAAUAUUUUUUUUUUUAGUGAUGGGUUGUUCUGAAUGAUUUUUUUUUGUCAGAAAUUGUUCUGUGGAUGCUGGGUUCCAACCUAUUUUAGCGUUCCACUCCAGUUGAUGGGGUUGAGGCGUAGCAUCUCCCUCUCGAUCGCGACCUCCCGGGAGUGUCUCAGUGCUCUGUCCCUCCACGUCUUCUCCAUUAGCUACAGAAAUAAGAUCACGGAUGAGACCUCACCUGAGUGGCCGGUGUUUUAUCCCCAUUUUGUGAAGGUACCCGCUUGUUCUCAUCUCUAUAGUAUGACAUCGCUUUCCUGUGUUGGAGUGUUUGCUCUCUUUCUGCCAACAGUGCCAGGCGGUCCACCUCACGCAGAUACUGUGCUUCGUUUACCCUGCUGGCCAGCUGGAGCUUCCGUGGGACGCUUUUCUCCUCGAUCUGUCUCUUGAGCUGCUCACGCAAGUCCCUCCUACGAGACAUGAUGGAAUCAUACUCAGGGUCAGGGUCAGAAGAUGCGAAGCAAAGACUCAUUGGUACCUGUACUCCUCUUUCUCCGUAAUGGUUCCAUAAAAGGGUUUUUGCCACACUUGAUGGUACCUGUCACGUCAACAAAGAAGCCCCCGAUCUAGCGGUUAGCAUAGAAAUGAAACAGUCAUUGGUUAGAAGGGUGCCAACCUGUUGUACUCUCUCUUCUGCAUGAUCAGUGUCCUUUGUUGGUUGUGGUGGUGAGCGACCGGCGUCUCCAGACUGACGGUGCGUUUACUGACAAGCGGGGGGCACAGAGGGUUCAGCCUUGGAAUAACCUAUGGAAAUGAUUAUGUUUUUAGU